AUGGAUCCUCCAGUCGAUAUAUCGUUCUACCUCGGGGAACAAGCCAAGGAGUCCCUUUCCAACUUAGAUGUUCCCGUCAGUAAUGGUCAGAUUGUCAGUAUCAACUUGACUGAUGAGUUGCCUGAUGACCCUAACGAGUUGAUCAGCUUCUUGGAGGGUGAAAACUGUUCCAAAAAGUACUGGAUCAGCAUUGCCACCGCAUACGUGCAGUUGAACAAGCUCGACGAGGCGCUCACCAUCAUCAACCACGCCUUGAAACUUGCCCAGUUCUCCGAGGAUGAAAAGAUCUCCUUCCACUCAUACUUGGUGUGGUUAUACCUCAAGUUCAUAUCUGUGGGAGUGGACAAAGAAAACUACUUGAUAAAGGCCAACAUGGAGAUCUCCCAGUUAUCCCAGCAAGAGGCUUCUAACAACACCUCCAACAUCUUAUCGCAAGCGGUGUUGUACCUUUUCAAGGAUAGACAGGACAAGGCGUUGGACAUCUUCGACAAGCUUCUCAGAAUCGAUCCCAACAACUGCUUUGCCUUGUUGGGUAAGGCCCAGAUCGUCCUCCACAAGACAAAGCACUACGCCAAUGCGUUGAAGUUAUACCAGCAGGUUUUGGUUUUGAAUCCCAUGAUGAAGCCGGACCCCAGAAUCGGAAUUGGGUUGUGUUUCUACGGUCUCAAAGAUUACACCAUGGCUUUGGAGGCUUGGAACAGAGCUUUGGACAUUAACCCCGACAAUUUGAAGGUCAAAAUAUUAUUGAACUUGGCCAAGUUCAGUCGUACCUUCACUAACUCUUUGAGUGACGAUGAAUUCAUUGAGAACUAUCAGAGCUGUAUUUCGCAGAUGUCGACCUACUACAAAGAAUCUGCUAAUGAUUCGGUUAUACUCUUGACCUUGGUGUCAUUUUAUUUCAGUAAGCAAAAGUACGAUGUUGUGCAAGCGUUGGUGGCCAAGAUCGUCAAGAACUUGACCGGAUAUGUUGGCGACUCAGACCCAAUCAAGUUUAACAACUUCACCAAGUUGACCAAGUUCCAAUCGGUCAUCUUGUCUCAGUGUGCUUACUGGCUCGGAAGAAUCGAGUUUACGAACUCCAACUUCACCCAAUCAUCCAAGUAUUUCCAAGAAUCGAUCAAGCUCAAUGACACAAAUUUGCCCUCGAAAUUGGGUCUUGGAUUGUCGCAGCACAAUAGAGGAUCUUUGGAAGAGUCCGUCAUGACCUACGAAUCCAUUUUGAAGAGCAAUGGGAAAUGUUUAGAAGUGAACUACUCAUUGGGAAUGUUAUACGCAAAGCAAAAAUCAAGGAGAAAGCAAGAACAAGCCAUCGAGAUUUUGGAAAGAUAUAUCAAGUUAUCGAACAAUGCAUCUACAUCUACUGCUCCACAUGAAGAUCUUGACGAUUUAUCUUCCAAAGAGCCAGUUGCUUUGAAUGCAUACUUGGUAUUGAGUAAGCUAUACGAAGGAAGGGAUAUCGGGCAGUCAUUAACUUAUUUGAAUAAGGCUAUCGAGUCUCGAAAGAAAAUCAACCAAGAUGUACCUUUGGAAGUCUACAACAACAUUGGUGUUUUCCAAUUCAUGAAACAGAACUACAGUGAGGCAGCUGAAAACUUUGAGCUAGCAUUGAAGAAAACUGAUGAUAAAAUCGAAGAUGCCGAUGGUGACCUCAAUCUUGACCUUCCCGGCGAUCUCAAGGUUACACUCACUUUCAACUUGGCAAGAACCAAGGAAAUUUCUAACCAAACGGAAGCCAUUGAAAUUUAUGAAACUUUACUCAAAGAGUGUCCUCAUUACUUCUCCGCUAAAUUGAGAAUUUUAUUCUUGGACUGUAUUACUACCCAAAAGAGAACGAAGAAGGAGAUCAAGGAAGAAAUUGAAGCCUUGCUUGCUUUGGAUUCUUCCGACCUUGAAGUGAGAACAUUCUACGGAUGGUUUAUGAAGAGCUUUGGUAAGAAGUUGGGUUUGAAACCAGAUGCCGACACCAAUCUUCAAAAGGAUACAUUGGUGGACUACGAUUCUCAUGAUUGUUAUGCAUUAAUUUCUCUUGCAAAUAUCUAUUGUAUCAUGGCCAGAGAUCUCAAAGCAGAGGACGCUAAGACUCAAGACGAAAAGAAAAGAAAAUACUACAUAAGAGCAAUUGAAUUGUUUGCUAAAGUAUUAUCGAUUGACCCCAAGGAUGUCUAUGCCGCUCAAGGUUUAGCCAUUGCCUAUAUUGAAAACAAGGAGUCAAACAAAGGAUUGGAUAUUUUGAGAAAGAUCAGAGACUCCUUGAAUGAUAUUUCAAUCUACUUGAACUUGGGUCACGUUUUGGUUGACUUGAAGCAAUACGGCAAAGCUAUCGAGAAUUACGAACUUGCCUCUUCCAGAUUCACGGACGAGAAAGACUCAAAGAUCCACUCAUAUCUCGGUAAGGCAUGGUUCUUGAGAGCUAACAACGAAAAGAACCUUAACUACUAUCUCAAGGCUAUCGAGUACACCGAAAAGGCGUUAUCGUAUGCCACUGGCUCGCAUUCAUCCCUCAAGUUUAACUUGGCUUACGUUCAAUUCCAAUUGGCAGAAUAUUUGACCAAGCUUCCUGUUGGACAGAGAGUUUUAACCGACAUAGAAAAGGGUAUCCAGCAAUUGAAGCAAGCUAUUGAAAUUUUGAAUGAAUUGUCAUCAGAUUCCGAAGUUCAUCCACCAUAUCCUAAGUCCGAAUUGAAGGCAAGAGCUACUUUGGGUAGUGCUACCCUUUUGAGCAGACUUAAUGCUGUGUUCGAGGAAACUAAGGAGCACAACAGCCAAAUUGCCGAAAAGUUGGAAGUGGCGAAGAAGAUUAGAGAAGAAGAAACAGCAGCUAAGCUCAAGAUUCAAGAAGAACAACUCCAAGCACAGAGAUUGAAGGAAGAGGAAUUGUCCAAGGAAAGAGAAAAGUUACAAGAGCAAGCCCAACAGUGGGCCGAAGAGGCAAGAAUGAAUGUUAUUGUUGACGAGAAUGAUGACGAUGACAAGUUCGACGACGAGCCAAAGGAGAAGGAGAAGAAGAAGAGAGGCAAGAAGGCUGAAAAGUCCGAGACAGCUGCUAAAGGUAAGGGCAAGAAGAGAGGAAAGAGAAAGGCCAUCAUCGACGAUAGUGAGGAGGAAGAGCUUUCGAACAACGAGUCCGAAGAAGAAUCAUCGACCAAGAGAAAAGUCGAAGAAAAUGAUGAGGACGAAGAUGACAGACCAAAAAAGAAAAAGAGUUUAUCCAAAGAGUUCAUCGAAGAUAGCGACGAUGAUUUGGAAGACGACUUAUUCAAUGAAGAAAAUGGAGAAAAGAACGGAGACGAAGAACAAAAUGGUGAAGCCAAAGAAGAAGACAGUUGA